GUCCAAGAAUUAACAUCAACUUGCAUGCGAAAGAUCUAGCAUUGAAAGAUCGACGAUUUUGAAUAAACACCCAUAUUUCACACCUUAAAUUGAAAUAAUUACAACUCAUUCGCUCAAUUCAAGGUUUAUCGGUUAUAAAAGUAUUAUGGAUUCGUCUAUAGGCCAGCCGGGAGCGGCUGAGCCCCAGCAAAUCCGGGUCAAUUUCACCACGACAUCUCCAGAUCUUCAAUUACCAGAAGGUCGAACCCAAUUGCUCGUGCCAGCAGAUAUCAAGCGAUAUGGCCUAUCCCGCGUCCUCAACUCCGAGUCGAUGCUCGACACCCCAUCUCCUAUCCCCUUCGACUUCCUCAUCAACGGCAGCUUCCUGCGCACCUCGCUCGAGGACUACCUCAAGGCCAACGGGCUCUCCGCCGAAUCCACAGUUACAGUACAGUACGUCCGCAGCUUAAUACCGCCCAGUUUUCAGGCUAGCUUCGAGCACGACGAUUGGGUUAGCGAUGUCGAUGUUCUGUCUGAAACCUCGCGCGCGGGCGUCUGGAGCGGAGGGAAGUUUGUUACGGGCCAGGAUAGGAUUUUGUCGGCGUCGUAUGAUGGCCUGCUGAGAAUAUGGAAUAAAUCCGGGAACGUAAUCGCGACUUCUUCGUCCAGCAGCCUAGGCGGCCACAGUGCCAGCGUUAAGUCUGCGAAAUUCAUAUCCGCAUCCCAGGUCGCAUCAGCCGGGCUCGACCGCACAGUCCGCAUAUGGAAGUACACCGAGGCCGAUGACUAUCUCUCUGGCACUCUGAAACCCACGCUUGAGCUAUACGGACACAAAGCCGGUAUCGAAUCUCUCGACGUCCACGGCCCCACGGGACGCAUCCUAACCGCCGCCAGCGACGGCACCAUCGGCCUCUGGACAACAUCCAAAUCCAACGCCCCCGCGGCCCCAGCAGCCCUCCUCCCCGGCGCCAACGCCUCCUCCUCCAAGAAGCGCAAAAUCGCCUCCUCAGCACCCCAACGCGGCCCCCUCUCUCUAACCCAACCCCAUACCUCCGCCGCCUCCGCCGCGCUCUUCGACCCAGCCGAUGCGACUAUCGCAUACACCGCGUCCCAGGACCACACCAUCCGCACCAUCGACCUAACCACCAGCAAAGUCGAAAACGUAAUCACGACCUCGCACCCGCUCCUCUCGCUAUGCGCCAUCCGACGCAGCGGCAGCAGCGCGCUCCUCGCAGCAGGCACUUCGGCACGCCACAUCACGCUUGCGGACCCGCGGGCCGGCGCGGCCGCGACCUCGGUGAUGACGCUGCGCGGCCACCGGAACAUGGUGACUGCCGUCGCGGCGUCGCCCGACAACGAGUACAGCCUCGUCUCCGCCUCGCACGACGGCACGUGUCGGAUCUGGGACCUGCGGGGCGCGCGGGCGGGGACGCGGGCCGAGGGCGGGGGGGCGGUCAGCGAGUCUGUGUACGUGAUUGAGCGGGAGAGCCGGAAGGGUAGCAAGGGCGGCAGCGAUGUGCCGGGCCGAGGGGCCAAGGUGUUUGGCGUGGCGUGGGAUCGCAGUUGGGGGAUCGUUAGCGGUGGGGAGGAUCGGAUGGUGCAGGUUAAUCGGGGGAGGGAUCUGCUUGCGGUUGAUUAGGCGCCAGUUCAGGCGUUAUUUUCAAGAAUAGAAGUGGGCGAAUGAAUGAGUGAAUGGACGAGUUAGGUACGUCGAUGGGUGAUGGUGGGAAUGGUGAGAAUGGUGGCUAUACCUAGGUAUCUAGUUAGAGAAAACGCGGAUGGAUGUGCAAGAGUAGGUAUUUACCUAAGGUGUGUAUUGUAUGUAUACCCCCGCGUAGAUCUAAUACAAGUAGUAUAUAUGCUGGUAUUA